CUCCAGCCCCUUCCCCAUCAUGGAUCGGAUGAAGAAGAUCAAGAGGCAGCUGUCCAUGACGCUGCGGGGGAGCCGAACUGUAGAGAAAAACCUCAACGAACCCAUCAAUAUAGAGGAAAGCAACAGCAGCGAUAAUGAGAUUGUUCAUGAGGACCUCAAAAUGGGUUCGGAUGGUGAGAGUGAUCAGGCAUCAGGAACAUCAUCAGAUGAGGUGCAGUCUCCAGUCCGAGUGCGCAUGCGGAACAACCCAGCGCGCAAGAUUUCCACUGAGGAUAUUAACAAGCGCCUGUCACUCCCAGCUGACAUCCGUCUGCCCGAAGGCUACCUGGAGAAACUGACCCUCAACAGUCCUCUCUUUGACAAGCCCUUGAGCAGGCGGUUACGCAGAGUCUCUUUGUCAGAGAUUGGCUUUGGGAAGCUGGAGACAUACGUGAAGUUGGACAAAUUGGGAGAGGGAACCUAUGCCACUGUCUACAAGGGAAAGAGUAAACUCACCGACAACUUGGUGGCCUUGAAGGAGAUCCGUCUUGAGCAUGAAGAGGGCGCCCCUUGCACAGCCAUUCGGGAAGUUUCACUUCUAAAAGAUUUGAAACAUGCCAAUAUAGUGACCCUGCACGAUAUCAUCCAUACAGAGAAAUCCCUGACUCUUGUCUUCGAGUAUUUAGAUAAAGACCUCAAACAGUAUCUAGAUGAUUGUGGGAACGUAAUAAAUAUGCACAAUGUGAAGUUGUUCCUGUUCCAGCUGCUACGUGGCCUAGCCUACUGUCACCGUCAGAAGGUGCUGCAUCGAGACUUGAAGCCCCAGAAUUUGCUUAUUAAUGAGAGAGGGGAGCUCAAACUAGCAGAUUUUGGACUAGCCCGGGCAAAAUCUAUCCCCACCAAGACCUACUCCAACGAGGUGGUAACACUUUGGUACCGACCGCCUGAUAUUCUGCUGGGCUCGACAGAAUAUUCCACCCAGAUUGACAUGUGGGGUGUGGGCUGCAUUUUCUAUGAGAUGUCCACAGGGCGGCCGCUCUUCCCAGGCUCCACAGUUGAGGAGCAGCUGCAUUUCAUUUUUCGGAUAUUGGGGACACCCAAUGAAGAGACAUGGCCUGGAAUCCUGUCCAAUGAAGAAUUCCGAGCGUAUAAUUACCCCAAAUACCGUUCUGAGGCCCUGAUCAACCAUGCCCCUAGGCUGGACAAUGAUGGGGUUGACCUUUUAGGAAAGCUGCUGCAGUUUGAGGGCAGGAAGCGGAUCUCUGCAGAUGAGGCCAUGCGUCACCUGUUCUUCCACAGUCUGGGAGAGCGGGUCCUCAAACUUCCAGACACAACAUCAAUAUUUGCACUAAAGGAGAUUCAGUUACAGAAAGAGACUGGGCUGAGAUCUGCUUCCCUGCCUGAAUCAGUGAAUGGUCAGAAUGGACGACCAAGCCUGCUGCUUUGAAGCCUACAGUUCUGGGUUGGCAAGGGUAGAAAGAAGCCAGGUUUCCCCCCCGCCCCCACCUCACGGACUAUCUCCACUGGUGGCUUCUUGGUAUUGAACUGUGGCAUGAGGACCUUGUGCUGGGAAUUUGCUGGGGCAAAGGUGGGGGCCCCUGGAACUGAGGA